GGAGCAGAGGAGACCCUGAAUGGAGACCAUGAGAGGUCAUGGCACAAAGCUGUGAGAGUGAAUCCUGGAUUGUGUUUGAGACCCUAUGGUGCUGGAGAUGCCAGAGCCAUGGCAUCUCCGCACAGGAAGAAGAACUAUCCCAAGGUACAGAAGUGUACAUCAGGAGCCAAAUAAUCUGAAGGCCCGAAACUCCUUCCGCUACAAUGGGCUAAUUCACUGCAAGACAAUCAGAGUGAAGUCGGCGGCUGAUGGCAAAGGGGUCGUAGUAGUUAUGAAACGAAGAUCCGGUCAGCGAAAACCUGCCACUUCUUACGUGAGGACCGCCAUCAACAAGAAUGCUCGGGCUACCCUCAGCAGCAUCAGGUACAUGAUCCGAAAGAACAAGUACCGCCCUGAUCUGCGUAUGGCGGCUAUCCGCAGAGCCAGUGCCAUCCUUCGAAGCCAGAAGCCUGUGGUGGUGAAGAGGAAACGAACCAGCCCCACCAAGAGCUCCUGAGCCCCACACCUCAGAAGCAAUAAAGAGUCCACUGACUUGUUCUACCACCU